UGUACAACCGGUCGAACCAUCAUUACAAUAAAUAAAAAAAAUUGUACCAUUCUACAUGCUUUAGCGGCACAUCGAUAUAAACCAGUUUGACGAAACCUUGUUAGAACGGCAUCCGGAUUCAGUCGAAGGAGGGGGAAAAGGAAAAAUCGAAAACGAGUAGCUACAUUAACGUGUCCACAGACAAACACAGUUUGAGCCUUCAUGCAACCGCUGCAUGACAACCUGCUCACCACGUGCCUCAACGUUCCGACACGUGUCCUCUCCACCUCACCACCCUUUUUUGUAUAAAUCCAAAACCCACCUCCCAACUUUUAAACAGCCUCUCAUUUUUCUUUUCCCUUUCAGCCAAAAUAAACUUUGUUCGUCACAUUAUUACACAAAGAGAUCCAAAAUUCGUCCAAUUUGAGGUAUAAAGCAAAAAAAUGGACCAGUCGCAGCAGCACGGCAGCACCAUCCACCAGCAGCAGCAGAACCAGCCGCGGUCGUACCAAGUGGUGAAAGCCGCCACCGCGGCCACCGCGGGUGGAUCGAUGCUCGUCCUCUCGGGUCUCAUCCUCGCGGCAACCGUGAUCGUGCUGACCAUUGCCACGCCGCUCCUCGUCAUCUUCAGCCCCGUCCUCGUCCCGGCUCUCAUCACCGUCGGCCUCCUCAUCGCGGGGUUCCUGGCCUCCGGCGGGUUCGGCAUUGCAGCCAUCACCGUCUUGUCCUGGAUCUACAGGUAUGUGACUGGGAGGCACCCACCGGGAGCGGAUUCGCUGGACCAAGCUCGGAUGAAGCUGGCCGGGAAGGCGAGGGAGAUGAAGGACAGGGCGACGGAGUUCGGGCAGCAGCAUGUCACAGGUCAGCAGACCUCUUAAGACGACGAAACCGAGACACCCGUAGCUAUGCAUGUGGGGCUAGCUAGAGGUAAUUAUGGCCCGAGUUUUCGCCCCGGGUCGAGAGAAGGGGUGAUGAUGGAGAGAAGAGAAGUACAUGUCACAUUUUGAGGUUGUUCUAAUUUGGUUUUUGCUUAAGCGUUUGGCUAUGUUCCUUUUGUAUAUCUACCCAGGGUCGUGUUGUCAGUUCCUUUUUCGCGUGUAUCUUGAAAGAGUUGUGAAAGUAAUAAUGAGCAAUUUUUGGUGGCUUAGAUGAUUUGUAAUGUAAUCGAAUGUUCUUGUAAUCAAGUUCGAAAACGAUCUUAUAUAUAAUACGGAAUACUUCGAUUGUACUUGGGCUGUUCACAACUCACAAGUUUAACUACUCAUAAGUUAGGAUUACUAGAUACACGGAACAUAAAUUUUUUGGUUAAUCGUUAUAAAAUUGUUGGUUAACAGUUGAGAAAAUCGUUUAUGACCUAUAACGUAAAAGACAUGUAUUACUUACUAAUUUAAGAAUGAUGACAUGUAUUACUUACUAAUUUAAGAAUGAAUUUGACAUCGAUCAUAAUCAAUUUCAAAUUCGUAU